CAUUGAAUGAAUUUGAGUUCGAACAACUUCCUGAACCCGAGCCAACGUGGGAACUUCAAUAUCAGCAACUCCAAUUCACUACAAUUCCUGAGUCAUGGCAAAAGGCGCAAGAGCAAGCACAAGGAAGGCGAACAAUGUGAGACUCAAGAGCAAAGUUUUCAGCCCUGUGGAAAGUGCCAGAGUAGAAAGACUCUCUGCGAAGCUGCUGGAGUUAGCAUCACAGCCGAAGCCUGAGCCUGCUAAAGAGGAUGUGGUCAUGGAUGCAGAAGAUUCAGCGCGAGAAGGUGGGGAUGCAGUCCUUGAUGCAGACAACAAGCAGACAGAAGAUAUGGAAUUAGACCAGGACCCCGCUACCAGCCGUUCGAAAUCUACAGGGAAGGGCAGAAUCGAGAAGCGAAGAAGCAGUCGUAAAACCUCGAUUGUGUUCCCUAAGUACAAGAAUGGAAAGAGGAUAGGAAAGCCAAAGGGCAAGAAGUAGGGCAUAAGACGUGGAAUUCGCACAAUCUUGGUGUCUGAGACUGCAAUGGGGAGUUCUGGUGUUCUGAUGUCUGUCUUGGGAAUGCAUUUACGGGCGCAUAAGGACUCUUUAUGAAAAGACCGACAUGAUCUGGCUCUCAUAGGCAUAAAAUUACAAAGAAGCGAU